AAUCUGUGCCGGGUACUACUCAGUCAGCAGCGAUGCGCUACGCAGUUAGCACCUCGCCCAAUCUGCGUGACACGGUGGGUGACGUGCGUACCUGAUCCAAGAUCGGUGAUGACCAGACGCCACAGGUUCGAUGGUCCCGUAAAAAGAUGAGGGAGAACCUAUCAUCGCAGGUCGCCAUCAGUGACGAGAAAACGGAGUCUGGCAGCGAUGACGAGUACCAGGUCCGAGAAGUGGUCACUUACGAGAGCGAUGAGGACUGCGACGCCGGAGCGCUCGCAAACGUUCAAGAAGGUGCACCCACGUUCGGGAACGUGUCGGUGGUGAACUCGAACGACGUUCAUUUCGGCAACAAAACGAUCUAUCAGGGUCCGGUGACAAUUAAGCAGUUCGUUUACGCGAACGGAAACUCGGCCGAGGCCAUCGAAGGUGCGGAUUUCGGCGAGCUCAAGAACAAGACAGUGAUAGGUGCUAAUGGUGUGGAUAAUGUUAAUUUUGUGGUGGAAAAUGGUGUGAGCAAGGACACCGGCGUUAAGGAUGUUGGCACUGUUGACAAUAACAAUGUUGUACCUGUUAGGAAAGGUUACCACAUAUUGGGAAAAUUUCCCCAUCGGAAGUUGACGAUAAUAUCUUUAAUAACAGUUCUAUUCAUAUCAAUAGUUAUACUGUUAGCAGUGCUUAUCUCCAAACGUUCUAGUCCUCCUAAAAUUCCAGACGACACCAAUCGUGAUAAAGAAAACACUGAUAUUUUGGUUACACCAAAAUACGAUGUUGAUCAAAACCUUACGCUUAGUAACAAAUUAAGAAUCGUUAGUCGACUAGAAUGGGUGGCUGCGCCCCCGGUCGAGGAACCGACGCCCUUAAAAACACCAGUCCCCCUCGUGAUCAUCCAUCACACCGCCACCGAAAACUGCACAUCUCAAGCCAAUUGCGUGCUGCAAGUUAGGCUAAUACAGUCCUUCCACAUGGAGAGCAGACAAUGGUGGGACAUCGGGUACAAUUUUUUAAUUGGCGGCGACGGUUCAGCUUACAUCGGUAGAGGGUGGACAAAACAGGGUUCCCAUUUGCGUGGUUAUAACUCCAAAAGUAUAGGCAUCGCCUUUAUUGGCACGUACACGAAACGUAAACCGCCUCAGAUGUCGAUUGACGCGUGCAAGAGUCUCAUAGAAUUAGGUGUGCAGGAGGGAUAUAUUAGCAAGGACUACAAAAUUCUGGCAGCCAGACAAUUGUUAACCACCGAAAGUCCCGGAAAAGCUUUUUACGAGGAUAUUAGAACUUGGCCACACUGGGCAGAAACUCCUUAAAAAUUGCCAUUUUAUGAAGAGUUUUAGUUAAAUUUAUUUGUUGCCAUGUUGCCAGUUUUGGAAAAUUUAAAAGUUUAUGUUGUAAAUAUUUAUUUAGGUUUUCUAUGCUAUUAUAUUAAAAUUUUCAAAAUAAGGUUUAAAAGCGAACAAUUUGUUUUGAAAAGGUUUUAAUAAAAUAUGUUUGUAUAUAUUGAUUGUAUUAUGAGACUGAAUAGAUAUUUUAUAGAACCAAUAAAUUGAUUAAAAAAUU